AUGAAAGCAUUCUUCAACCGUCUAGGAUUUGGCAGCCAUUCUUCCCAACAAGAAGCUCAACAAGAUCUUGACUCGGUUCAAAAAACCACUCUCGACAACAAUUCCAACAAAAAAGAUUCACUUUCUUCUUUCAAGUAUUGUUCGAUGGUUCAUGCGAUGAAGAGAAGUUUAUCUCAAUCCUCGUGCCGUGGUGUGGAGUAUAUGAAAGAGAAUGGAACUAAGAGAACGAAAUUAUUUAGUUCGGGCUCCAAUGAUAGUGGUCAAAUGGGAUUUACGAAAAGUUCAACCUCCGAUAGUGUUGGUGAAUGGAUGCAGGUGAAUCAGAUCAAAGGCUUUUCUGCAACCGAAUCUGAAUUGAUCCUGAGCAAAAUUAAUGUCAUUGCCGUUGGAAGAUCACAUUCUCUAUUUGCUACUACGGAUGGUGGAAUCUAUGGCUGUGGAAAGAACAAUUACAAUCAACUCGGAAGCACUCCAUGUGGUACUGGUUCCACCGAUGUUGAGCUCUUCACAUGCAUGAAUGAUGAAAUGCUGAGAGCCAUGAAACAAGAAAAGGAGGCCAUUCGUUCACGAUUAUCUCAAUCAUCAUUGACGAAUGAAUUGCAAGAAUUUAUGAAAUCCACUCACUUUGAUCACAUUCACAGUGUGGAUCACAUUUCUUGUGGCUGGUUCCAUACCAUUGUCAUUGUGAAUGGGAAUAUCAUUUUGGGUGCAGGUCAUUCAUAUUUUGGACAGUUGUUUGGUGCCGAGUUUAGCAAGAGUUUUACAGUUUUGAAUUCAAAAAUUGAUUUGUUUAAUGAUUUUAGAAAUGGAAAUCCAUAUUGCCAGUAUACAGUGACACACUCGUCGUGUGGAACAUUCUCAAGUUGUGUCGUUUUCAAUCGACAUUUAAUUUAUAAUUGUGGUGAAGCAUCAAAAGGUGGCAAUUAUUUGGUUCACAAUUGUACUUCACUCAAGCAUCCAGUGAAGGACAUUGCCCAGACAGAUGCCAGUAUCUACGUCUUAUUGGAUGAUAACUCUCUUCAUUGUCAACCAAAAGAAAGAGAGGAUUUCAAGAUGGAGGAGAAACGAGUGGCUGCCUUUGGAGGGGGUCACAUGUCAAACACCUCCUAUUGGGUCACAGAUAUAACGGAUAACCCAGUUAUCACAUCCAGCGAGCAAAAGAAAAUGGAGUUGUUUUCAAUUUCACCCAAACUUGGAGCCAUGGAGAUUGACUUGUUUGGUGGUUAUUAUUGCAUGUUUGGAGUCAUUAAUAAGAAAAUUCUAUUUAUUCAUGGCAAUAAGCUCAACUCAGCCAAACUGACAGAUAUACCUUUCACAACUGGAUUAUUCAGUCCUCUGAUAUCAGCUCAAUCACUAACUGUAUCUACAAAUCCACAUAACAAAAAACUAGCAGAAUAUUUGUUCAUGGAACGAUUCAAUAUUGAAUGUGUUCAAUCUGGAUGUGAUGUAAAUUUACUGUUAAUUUCUGAAUAUGUUGGAAAUGACUUUAUGAAAAGCAGGUUGAUGAAGCAAAUCACUGACGAGAAUUACCAACGAUUUUGCGAUAUUGAUAUUGUCUCAGCAUGA